GUCCGGCAGGAGCUGAAGCAGAAAGCCAAACGGGUGGUAGAGAAGGAACUUUUAUCAGUCAAGAUCUCCGAUGUUGGCCUCGACGCGGUUGCUCGCAAUGACAAGUUGCAGAAGGCAAAGGAAGCGCGGAUUAAAUACCUUUGCAACCACAAUACGUUCCAUUACGGGAACAUAGUGAUGCCGGACCCGGACGUUUCCCCCGAGCUGUGGGACGACCCGGAGCUUGACACACCUUUCCACAGUGUCGUGAUCGCGGAGAUCAUGGCGCGGCAGUGGUGGCUCGGGCAGCACCCGGAAGCCCUCCGCCGCGAGAACCGAUCUCGCUUUGACAUCAACGUCAAGCCGCCGUCGAGCAAUAUGAUCGCUCUGACCUGUAGCGCAGUUCUAGUCGCAUUCGAUGAAGCAUUGGCCGGCAAUUCUACCGUGAACUUCGAUGAAAAGACGUAUGCUAUGGAGCAUGAUCGCCUGAAAGCUGGCAUAGACAAGCUGCGACGACAUGCGGAUGCGAACAGCAGGAUGUACGACGAAGGUGUUGCCGAGCUCGUGAAAUCAAUGAACGACACUAUGGCCGCCAACAUCAUGGCCUUUGCUGGCAUUGCCCACGACAAGAACCGGAGGGACGAGGGCAACGCCGAGGAGCUCGAUGAUGGCAUUGACAUGAAGGCAGUUCUCGGCCGAUGGGGCAAGAAGAAGGCAUCGACGUCCGCUGUCUCGGGUGCACAGGCACAGGCACAGGCAGGGCAUGUAUUGUACCCCCUCGCUCCAGUCGCGAGCAGCUCCAAGACCAAGUGCUUGUUCGUGCUGUGCAUGUAUUACGAUUAUCAAGAGGAUAAUUGA